CGCUUUCAGAUGACGUACACCCGGAAGUUUUUGUAAAUACAUGUGAGCAGUUUGUAUGCCGAUUACAUUUUCAAAGCAAGCCAAAAAAUGACUACUAGAAGCAGGCAACUAGCCAAUGGAUCCUGCUCCAAUGACAUUGGCAGAUUGCUGGGAGCAAAUCUUAAGAUCCUGAGAAACAUCAUUCUCCAAGAAGGUGCAGAAUUCACAAAGGUUUGGAGCAAGACUUCCAAGUCCCUCAUCUCCUAUGAAAGCGGACGGAUAUACUUUGAUAAUUACAGGUGUUGUUACAGCAGCCUAUUGCCUGAGCCUAAACAGCUGUAUGAGCUCCCCAAAGCUCCCAAGACGGAGAAGAUUGAAGAUGCUUUGUUAUGCCAGUGUCCUCUGGACAAGGUUCUACCAAAUGCUUCAGAUCAGAAAUCAUGUCUGCUGGCUCUGACAGCUAAUAACUGGUUAUAUCGGCUCUCAGUUGACACAGGAAAAACACUAGAGCGAGUCUACCUCUCCUCUCAUUUCAAAUUCAGAUCGUUAGGUUGGGACUCCUCACAGGAGACGUUUUAUGUCAAAUCUAUUCAGAGCAAACAGACGACUCUGGAACGACAGGCUGGUGUUGAUAAUAACAUCCUCAUGCGUGUGGCAGUUUUUCAAGUCUUUCCACUGGAGCUUGUAGGAAUGUUGGAGAUAAAUAAAAAAGUCUUUGGUAAGACAGCUGUGGACGUGCUGCUGUCACAGGGAGUGUUAGCUGUAUCACACAGCUCAAAACACGUCAGACUUUACAGUUUUGAGUACAUCGUUAAAAAGUUUAGAAAUGAGGAGCUGGCUCUGGGGCAGCAGUGUGAGCUGAAAGGAAUUGUGGGAGAAGCUCCAUAUGGUAUUCCGGUCAAUAUUGACAUUCAUGAGUGUCCUCCUGUAUUGUUUGAGAUGUCAUACUUUGAGAAUGGGGUUCAGAUCGGAGGUCAUCCCUGGCACUACAUCUACACCCCUAACCACAAGAGACACAGAGGAACCCAUCACAUCUGCUCUAUCACAGACGGAGCACUGGCCAAGAAUGGUGUCCAGGACAUGAAAUGUGACUCUCUGGAAGCAGACUGGAUCUUUUUUCACCCGGAUGACUCGGGUCGAAUUGUUCAUGCUGGGCCCAGCACAAUAAAUGUUUUGAAGAUCAUGGCUGAAACAGGAUGUGACUGGAAAUAUGAGAUAGUCACGGACUUCUCCAUCACCGCUGCUCGUGACAAUAGUGCCCCGCAGGUGGUUGUGACGUCUUCUGGUCGUGCAGUGAAAAGGAGAUUUCAGUUGUUAGACGAUGACCCAGCGCAGCAGACAUUCAGAAUGGUGAAGUACGAAGAUGAACUUGAUCUGUUGGCUGUGGUAGAAAUCAGUCACAUGGAACAUGAAGGACAGGCACAUCUUCAGCUACAUGACAAUAAGACGGGGGUUUUAAUAAAAAGAGUUCCUCUAAAAGAGCCAUGGGAUGUGACCUACAGUCAUGAGGUGUACUUUGAUAGAGACACAAUUAUUCACACUGUCCAGGAGAAAAAUAACAUGUUCUGCUGCCAUGUUUAUAAAAUGAAGAGACGACCUUCAGAUGAACCAUGAGCACAUUUCAUAAUAAUGUAUGUGAUGAUUAGUAAUGGACUGUAGUGCAUUUCUCAAAAAAACAAAACAAACAACAUAAAAACAUACAAGUAAAUGCAUAUAUUUUUUCUAUGUGGAAUUUUGAGAAGCAAAAUACAUUUGUUUUUAAAAUAUAUGAAUCUUUCGCACACUCAUUUGAAUUGAAACGGCACUUGACAAACUCAUUUGUUGAUGGCACUGAACUUAAAACACUUUCCUAUUUAGUUAUUUUAUGUACUUGUAACUUUACUAAUAAAGACUAG